UCCACCUUAAGCGCACAAAGUGAGCAACGCACGCGUACAGUGAGGUUUCCGUUCUCUCGAGUCUCAACUGGGCUCGGACCGCGACCGCGGCUUGAAGAAGCGUCACAUCGCCAACACUCAAAGAAUCCGACGAACCUGUUUUGAAAGAAAUGUCUGAACCAACGUAUCGCGACUGGAUACUUGAGACGAUAGACUCUUUACGGUCAAGAAAAGCGAGACCAGAUCUUGAAAGAAUUUGUAGGAUGGUACGAAGACGACACGGGUCCGAGCCAGAUCGAACCUGUAAAGAAUUGGAGAAACUGAUCCAAGAACAAACGGUCCUCAAAGUUAACUACAAAGGCUCGAUUUCUUACCGAAAUGCUGCAAAGGUUCAAAGAAAUCGAAAAAAACUAGGUCAGGUGACAAAUAGAUCAGUGGUAAAACAACCAGCGCUUCCAGAUUCGAGCAACGACGACAGUGUUCUCGGUCCCACGGAGGAUGAGAUGGGGGAUAUGGAAGUAAUGCAUGGCAGCCAGUUUCACGACUCUACGCUUGACACCACAGUAGAUUCUACCGACAUGGGCGAGGAAACAACUGGGAGCGUGUCUAUGGCCGUGGAGCUGAACAAUGGUCUGACACAGGAUGGGUGUGGCAACUCUGGCUCUCGCUCUGGGCAUGGAGAUGAGAUGGGCAUCUGUGCCCAGGUCAGUUCUCUUCCUCACCCCCUGGGUCCAUCAUGCAACGGCCACUGGCCUUCAGACAGGCCCAGCCUGGGCAAGUGCUCUCCUAGCCUGGCCGCACUAAAACACGAGGGGUAUGAGGGCAAUGCCUACCAAGCAGAGCCCCUACCAACUGGAUCGCCCCGGGAGACAGGAGUGUUAGAGAUGGGGAGCCAGCCUCUUGCUCUCUGCCCUUCUGUUCAGAGGUGCGCGCUGAAGAGAGAGGAAGGGAUGAGGGCAGUAGAGAGUGCUGCCACACCGGAUCAACUGGGAUCAAAGUGCAGCCCUACCCAGGCUGAAGCAAUGCAGGUUUCUAAAGGACAUUCCCAAACGUGUUCCUAUGGCUCGGCCAAUGGUAAGGAGAGUAGGAAGGGGAUGAAGGUGACUGUGACCUCCGCUCUGGAACAAGAUGCAGUCGUCAAGGAUACAGAGCAGAGUAGAGAAGUCUCAGAGGGCAGAGGGGAGAUUGGUGCGGAUCCGAUGCAGUGGACCGUGGCAGAUGUUGCCAGUUAUUUCACCACAGCAGGGUUCCCUGAACAGGCUUUGGCGUUCAGAACCCAGGAAAUUGAUGGCCGGGCUCUUCUCUUGAUGCAGCGCAGUGAUGUGCUGACUGGCCUGUCCAUUAGGCUUGGGCCGGCCCUCAAAAUUUACGAGCGACACGUGAAAAUGCUGCAGAGGAGGAUCUUCCAGGACGACGGCGACCUCAGCUGAUGGGUGGCAGUGGUCGCCAUUCUCCGACCUCCCCGUUAGGCGUCCGUACGGCAACCUGGGACGCCUGUCUCUCAUCCCAUUCACUCACUCACACAUUAUUAGGCAGGGCGAGGAAGCUAGCCAUCUUGAGCCUGAGUGAGUCUGAAAGGUCACCGCUGAAACAGUGUCAUGCUGAGACACUUUAAAAAAAAAAAAAAAAAAACUUGUCAGCCAGCGCUUAGGUUCUCAUCCUUCACUCUCAGAACUGAGAGGGCACAGGCUAUCUUGUGCCACAUUUCGAUCUCUCUCCCUCUGUCUCUGGGACUGACCUCUGAACAGCUUUUACUUUUGCACACACAUGUGGAGACCUUGUUUGGUGGAUUCCAUGUAAGAUAUGGUUAAUGUACAUAGUGUUAUAAAGGUAAUGGCUACUCGGUACACACACUGCCAUUGCCUUGAUGGAGCGGUAACUUUUGACCACUAGCUCUGGAUUUGAAUGUAAAUAUGUGUAUAAGAUGCAUAACAAUAGCAUUUUAAUAGCAUGCUCAUAUUAAAGUGAUUUGACUGAG